GAAAUAUUUACGGAAGUGGUGUAGCAGAAGCGACAUACGCGACAGCAACUUGACUUCCUUUUAUAACAAGCUAAUAUGCAGAUCGAUGAACACAUUUCUUCCCCCAGUGCUGGUUUAGUGAAAUCGCGUGGAACAUUUUGUGUUCUUGUUGGCGUAACAGGAAGCGUCGCGGCCUUAAAACUCCCUGUUUUGGUCUCACAGCUUCUUCAACUCCCAGGGGUGGAUGUAAAAGUGGUCACCACAGAACAUGCCAAACACUUUUAUAACCGUGCUGAAGUUUCAGUAAAAGUCUACAGUGACAAGGAUGAGUGGGAGCUGUGGACUCAGAGGUCUGAUCCUGUACUACACAUUGAGCUAAGGCGCUGGGCAGACCUAUUUGUCAUUGCCCCGUUAGAUGCCAACACUCUUGGGAAGAUUGCUAAUGGCAUUUGUGACAAUCUACUGACCUGUGUGGUAAGGGCCUGGGACACCAGCCGCCCUCUCCUCUUCUGCCCUGCAAUGAAUACAGCCAUGUGGCAGCAUCCCAUUACUGCCCCGCAGGUAUCGAGCCUGAAGGCUUUUGGAUAUGUGGAAAUCCCCUGUAUCUCUAAGAAGCUUGUGUGUGGAGAUGAAGGAAAAGGUGCCAUGGCAGAGGUAUCGACUAUUGUUGGUGUCGUCAAACAGUAUCUUCAGAAAACAGAUGUGUCACCUGGCCACACGUGACUGUUGGCAUGGAAUUAAAAUGAUACCUUCCCGUACAAAAUAGCUUUGUGUCAAAAACCCUGAGGCGAUUCUACACACCCAUAGUAAACUAACAUAGUUCUACUAACAUCUUCUUGGGAUCAUGUGGGUGUGUAUAGACUAUUGUUCCCUGGCAUGACUAUGACUCUUCUGUUAAUUUGGAAGCACCAGUUAGGACAGGUUAACAUGCUCCUUUGCCCAUCUUAAAAACGUGACAUUGUAAAACGUGCUGUAAUUCCAAGCAUAGUUUAAACCCUUACAUAAGCAUUGCAUCAUUUAUCUGAAAUUAUUCAUGGUUUAGUUUCUCAAUAUUUUUUUCCAUCUCUUCCUUAUGAAUUCACGUCAACGUGAUCAUUGACUUCCUGACCAAAUUCCAAUCCGUCCAGUUGAAGUGAACGUAUUAACGAGUCUUUAUGUUUUACCUGAGCUUUUAUCAAUAAUGUCAUCAUUUAUGUGCACAAAAAAAUAAAUCUUAAAAUGUAAAUGUGAAAUGUUGCUCCUUAUUUAUUUCAGGAUGUCAUUUCAACAUCUAUGAUGCACAAAGGAA